GAGGCGGCAGUCGUGUCCGCGGCACCGGUCAACGACUCCAUCGAAUGCCUCAAGAGCGGGGUGCCCGAAGCAAGAGAUAAAGGCAAGGCACAGAAGUAUGCUCGUGAUCGGGCUUCCUUGCCACCCUUCGUUGUCAACUUGGUGGAGGAGCAGUCCAAGAAGUCGGGGAACCAACGGUCGUUCAAAUCUGCCGCGAUUAACCGACUCUACACGAGGCUCCCGGACGGGAGUCUCAAAUUGAACUUGGGUGACCCGGUGUUCACCCAAGCUUCCAGCCUUUACGACAAGGAGUUCAAGCGAACAUCCGACGAGGCCUACCCGGAGACGGUAAUGAAGGGGAUGUUCUUCCAUAAUUCGCAGGUGGAUUUCGACAGAGCGAUUUCAAAAGGCGAGAUCUUCAGCACCAAUGUUGACGGGGUUCCCUACUAUGCCUUCACCAAGGUCAAGGUUGCCAGGGAAGAGGGAAAGAACAUCAAGCACGAGCUCGUGGGCAAGAAGGAUAUCUCGAAGCAAGUGGGCGAUCAGCUCUUGGAUGCUUUGCAUCAGGUGGGUUGGAAGAUGAGCCGGAAGACGGCUGAGACCAUGGUGAGCGACGGAGGCCUCAGCGAGGGGGCCCAGAAGCUUCUGGGCCAAGCUUUGGCUUCCGUUGAGAAGAUGGGCAAGGAAUCCUCGAACCUUCUCAAGUCCAAGCACGACCUCCCUGAUCAAACGGUGAAUCGAUUGAAACUGGGGUAUGCAAAGUGCACCGGGUACUGUGCCAGCCUCAACCAACUCAAGGAGUUCGAGAUUAUGCCGGAUGGCUCGACCCCCUCCAAGGAGUCGCUGGACGAAUUCUUCAUGGGUGUGGCUCUCCACGUUCAGGAGCUGAACCUAAAGAUCGAAGAAGCGAAGGGCCACAUUAGGGCGAAGGCCAAGUGA